AUGAGCCAAGAAUCAGAAUCCGUAACCUCGUCCGUGUCGGUUUACAUCCCGAUCCUGUACGUGGCGGUGCUGCUCACCACACUGGUGCUGUUUUCGAUCGCCCAUCGCCGCAAAAAACUCGACAAGCUCGUGUCCAUGAGACCCAUCUUCGCCGAAAACUACCAAAAAGAGAUGUAUUUACAGCUGAAAAACGCGACCGAGCCGAAAGUCAACGACAAGGUGCUCAAGGCGGCGCUGAUUCGCCGGGGCGCGGAGGCCAUCCGUCGCAUGAUCAAACUCAAGGAGAUCCAGCAGUACGUCAAGGUGUUGUACCAAAAGGGCUCGAUCGGAGACGACGUGUACGAGAGCUUCAACUUGCAAAGCAAAUUGCAAGAGCUGGAGCUCAAUGAGUUGGCCGCCGAAGCAGAAUCGUACAAAAAAGGCUGGGCCCAAACGUUCUUCCCUGUUUGUCAAGAAGUCACCAUCAACGAGGCCCUCAGAAGACGGCUCAACUCGCUGGACCCGAUCAAAGAAACCCUCAAACACCAAUUGGUGCAAACAUAA